AGCGCGGCCGACCGCGAUGCUGAAUUCGAAUCUCCCGCGUUUUCGAACGUUUCAUCUACUAUGACGUUGCCGCGUUUGUUGUUCUGCGCGGUUUUGUUGGUUUUUUCGGCUCUGUUUUGCGCGUUCUACGGCGCGUCGAACGUCGCGACGCCGCCGCCCCCGGUUUUCAAUCGCCGCGGUUUAAAAAAAUUGAUCGCGUUUUCGUUGCGGAAGCAGAUCGAGGGGGACGGCCCGGAAUACGCUUGCGAACGGAGGCGGGCGGCGGCGGCGGCGGAGAUUUUAGCCGCGAGGGCGGCGGGCCACUGGACGCGGGUGGAAAACACGGAAGCGUACGUGCGGACCGUCGGUUUGGACGAGAGGCUGCGGCCCUACCGGUACCUGCGAUUCGUGGGGGCGGUUAAAGGCUCUGCGAAUGAAGCCAUCUACUGUCAAAUUUACUACGGUCGCGGGUCGUUCCGCACCGUUAAGGCAACGAUUACGCCCGUAUGGUACGGCGAAUGGGACGCAAGCCAUAACGACACCUCGUACUACAAUCCCACGUUAAUCUCGUGUAGGUUGCCGAUAUCGACUUCGACGCCGACGUCGGUUUCCUUAUCAACGUCGCCCUGUGACGAAGCUACCAGCCGUCUCGAAAUACCAGUGGCGUCUCGGCGGGCGGUUGAUUUUACGGUAUGCGUGAAGCCUUUAAAUUUCGACCAGGACGUAUCGGACAGGCUCGUCAGGUGGAUCGAAAUCUGCCGAAUAUUCGGCGCCCAGAGGUUCCACAUCUACGUCGGAAACGUUACCGACGAAACCAGAGCCACUUUGAAAUGGUACAAGGCUUCGUACCCCGGCCUGCUACGUCUCGAAAAUUUCCGACCGAUUUCGGAAACCGGACGCUCGGUUUGGCAACGCCGCCGCUACGAAGUCGUCGCAUACAACGGAUGUUUCUACAAGAACCUCGAUUCGAAGUUCGUAGUGCCCCUCGAUGUCAACGAGGUUAUAGUACCGAAACUAGACACCACUUGGUCGCAGCUAGUGCAGAGUUUACCCCGAUGGUCCGAAUACGCUUCCCUGGUGAUACGAAACGUGUAUUUCUUCGGCGGAUUCGGCGACGCGUUCAUCUUCGGUCGAAACAUGAAGAGUCGAGUCAGGACGAAAGCCGGCGACCACGUUAAGAGUUUUAUCAGUACCGAGAACGCGUUGACCGUUUUUAAUCACUAUGCAUUGAGUGUGCUCGUGCCUAGUGCGAGGAGUCGCUAUCUGGUGCCGAUAGCACGUGCGCAGCUGAACCACUAUAAAGACGACUGCGACGCGACCAUUCUUCCAGAGUGUUCGGUGUACUUGGCGAGUCCGAGAGUGCCCGAUACGAGCAUAUUCCGCUUUAAGAAAGUGUUCGACGUGAAGUAUCGCGAGAGGUCAGAAGCGCUCCGUGGUUACCUCGAAGGACGAGUUUGAUGGAACCAGGACUGUCCAAAAUUGGUUUGUCCGGCAACACCGCUGUACGCAUGACAACAUCGACAAAAAUAACCACAGGUGUAAUGGGCGAGUGUCCUUGGCACUUUCCGUUGCAAAAAGCAAGGAAGAUGUUUACUAUUAUGAGGGAAACAGUUUUCUGUGAAACGCAUCAUUGAAUUGAAUUGAAUGAGGGAAACGUCACGGAGGGUUAAAAGAAGUGCGUGAACGUAGUUUUUUUGUUUUGCAUUUUUUAUUAUCAGAAGCUACCAUCCAAUACGUGGACAGAAGUUUAUGGCCAGUCGAAGAAAGCUUUUAGUGUGCAAGUGUACAUUUUUUGUCUAAAAUAUUAGAUUAGAAUAUCUGGAUUAUCAAAGAACACAACAAAGUCGUUACGGAGUCCUUCAAGUAAGCCAGUUCCGGCAAAAUAAAAAUAAAAUCCCUUCUGGCUUUCCAUAACC